AUGGGAAAAGAAAAAUCAUCCACUUGUGCUACUCUAAAAAGAUACGUUUCUGAAUUUGGAUCUGACAUUUUUUCCACAGACGGGCAUGUUUUAUACUGUAAGAUGUGUGAAAUAAAAAUUAAUUUUGAAAAAAAAUAUAAUAUAUCCCAACAUAUGAAAACCGAUAAACAUCAAAAGAGUGUCAAACGUCAGAAUGAUCAAGAACAGAGAAAAUUAAAACAACUACUAACCAAUCAAAGUUCAGCAAAAUCCAAUUUCAACAAGGAUUUAUGUCAAGCAAUGGUAUCUGCUAACAUUCCGUUAAAUAAGCUUUCUAACAAUACAUUUCGAGUAUUUUUAGAGAAAUAUACUGGUAAACAUAUUCCUAUGGAAGCGACAUUACGGAAGGGUUAUAUUGAUGAUAUUUUUAAUACUACUAUGGAUAAAAUGAAAAUGGAAAUAAGGCAAAAUAAAAUUUGUGUGUCGAUUGACGAGACAUGUGACGUAGAAGGACGGUUUAUUGCCAAUGUUAUAGUUGGAAUUCUAAAACCCGAUUGUCCAGGACGCAUGUUUUUACUGCAUUCAGAAUAA